AUGUAUUUGGAGAGCUGCAGUUCAUCAGUGGCUGCUGCGGACAAGCAAAGGGCCCCUUGGUCUGCAGAUGAGUCUCGAGGCAUCCCCCCAUCCCCCUGGCAUGAAGCAAUGGUGAGAAUGAACAGCCGACCCUGGUGCUUGCAAGAACUGGCCAGUGAGGCUCUAGACCUCGGGACCCAGAUCAACCUCAACGAGCUCUAUGGCGACCCUGAUACUUUGCGGAAGAAGGUCGAGGCAUAUUCCUCGUGUCAUGUAGUUGAGCACCGGGACAUGAAAAAGCCAGGCGACGAAGACUGCCAAUAUGUGAUGGUGUUCGAAGACACUACCGCGCCAAUCAACGAGCUGGCAGCGAAUUGCGUGCCUGCGACCAUUUGCAAGGAGGACGUAGUUGGAAUGACGAAGGGCAAGAUUGCAACCUACGGCGUUGUGCUUCAGAUCUUGCAGCAGAAUCUCGGCUCUCUCGUCUGGAUUGGCGAGGGAACGCACGAAGAGUGCUACAACCGCAUGACUGAGGUCAAUGAAGGCGACCUUGACAAGGUGUUCAAGAUCCACAACAUUGAUUUCUUAGGGAUGCACUUCAAGGAGAAGAGGAUGGAGAUCGAUGGCAUGAAGAAGCUGGAUGCCUUCAAGUCCCUGGGUGAGUGCAAGGACAAGGAGGAUGGCACCCCGAACGCGUACCUUUACAUCCACAAGAACUUGCUGUGGAGCAAGGACAAAGAGGCGGUGGACAUAGAUGCGUUCACAACCUACAAGGACACAAAGCAUAUGAAGGAGCUGGAGAAAGAACUCUUUGAACAAGCCGAGGAGACGCUCGAAAAGGCGAAGUCGGAGCACAAGGGGAAACAAAAGCAGAAGACGCACAAGGCGAGACGAAUGUCUGAGGAAGUCGUCGUCUAA